UAAACUGAAAUACAACUGCUUAUUAUUAUAAUUACCAUUAUGGCCUUGUCUCGCUUCCUUACCAUGUUUCUCGUCGUAGCUGUUUCCAUUAUUCCUAUUAUUUCUUCAACUGACUUCAUUGUCGGUGAUGACAAUGGUUGGGCCACUGGCUUUGACUAUCAAGCUUGGGCUCAGGGAAAGGAAUUUCAUGUUGGAGAUAAGCUUGUAUUCAAGUACACGAAAGGAAAGCACAAUGUGAUGAGAGUGAAUGGUACUGGCUUCCAACAAUGUGCUGUGCCACCAGAUUCAUCAACCCAAGGCUUUACCACUGGAAAUGAUGUGAUUGUUCUUUCAUCCCCAGGAAGAAAAUGGUACAUUUGUGGUAUUAGCAACCAUUGUGAGAAUGGUAAAAUGAAGCUUGCAAUAACUGUUCAACCUCAAAUUGGACUUGGGGCACCAACAUCUUCUCCCAACCCGACCCCAACCCCAAUUUCCGAUGCAACAGGAACCUCUCCUAUUUAUUCUUCUUGGAUAGUGAUAAUUUUUGCUCUCCUCAUAGCAAUUAUGUUCUAAAUUGAUAUUUUCAUUGUUCCAUUAUUUUUUAUUUUAUUGUGUGCAUUAUAUUGAU